AUGGACAGUGACGAAGUGGCAGAAUCAAAACCAUCAUGUGUGUUUUUCAAGAAACCUAUAAAUCGUGGUAAUGCAAAAUUGAAAACGUCAACAACCUCAACAUCGUCAAAACGCAAACAGGAAUCAAAGUCUUCUUCAUCCUCAUCGGAUGAAGAAAUAAAUGUAUCUUCUUUGCGUUCAAAUCGUAUUCAAAAGGGUCUUGUUACCAUGUCGGGGGCAAAAUCAUUUAGAAAAAAUCGGCAAACUGACGAUGAUGAUGAAAAACUGUUCAAUGUUAAUUUUGAAUCUGAUCGUACAAAUACCCGUCAAGGACCUCGAGAUCAAGGUGCAACAGCCAUAACAGAAAUUGAUCCAGAUUUCAAUAACGAUCAACAAAGUAUAUUUCAGCGAGCAAAAAAGAUCAACGAGGAUUUGAAGAAUAAGGAGGAUGACAAAAUUUAUCGUGGAAAUAAUUAUUAUCAGCAAUUUUAUGAAAAAAAAGAUACGGCACAAGGGAAUGCUAGUAGUGGACUUGUGAGAAAUAAAGGUCCAAUUCGGGCACCAGCCCAUUUACGUGUCAGUGUUCGAUGGGAUUAUCAGCCUGAUAUCUGUAAAGAUUACAAAGAAACAGGCUAUUGUGGCUUUGGUGAUUCAUGUAAAUUUCUACACGAUCGUUCUGAUUAUAAACAUGGUUGGCAAUUAGAACGUGAAUGGAAUGAACAAAAUUAUGGUGGCGUUGAUAAUGACAGUGCUCGAUAUUUGGUGAAAAAUACUGCAAAUCAAGCAUCGUGGUCAUCAUUUUCAAAGAAACAUCAGCACAAUCCGACAGAAGACGGUGAAGAUGAGGACGAGCAAGACGUUGAUGGUUUACCGUUUCGAUGUUUGAUAUGUCGUAAAUCAUUUAAGGAGCCAGUAGUGACUAAAUGUCGACAUUAUUUUUGUGAAACAUGCGCAAUACAACAAUAUCGUUCAACUCAAAAAUGUUUUAUUUGCAAUGAAAAUACAAGUGGCAUAUUUAUGCCGGCAAAUGAUAUUAUUAAAAAAUUAAAACUGCAACAACAAGAACAAGAACAGCAUCAAAAAACCACUAAAAAUGGAAGGUCGAAUGAAACUGCGACUAAUGAUCUGGAUGAUGAAAGUGAUGAUUCAGGAUGA